GAGAAAAGGAAGCAACAGUAUGAACCCAGCAGCAACAAGAGGCAGGCACUGGACUCAGGAGUGGGGACUAGCAGGCAAGGCAAUGAGCAGUACUGGAUGAUUCAAUGGAGACUACCACAAUACAAGAAACACAAAACAUGGGAUGGAGAUGCAGUUUUGGUCCUCCGCGGCUCAAGCGGGACUUUGUAUGACCUGGAGGGCAAGAUAAUGGGCUCUGGAUCAGUCCACGCCACAUAUGUUGAAGAAGGAGGCGAAUAUAAGUUUAGUGACAAAGAGAUCGGCAUUGACCACUCGAUAUCGCGUGGCGAUUAUUUCUCUGGCAAAUGCUUCGGGCGCGGAAUGUCUUCCUCGACACCUUCACGAGCAUCUAGCUCGAGUAAACCGAUCAAACAGUUCGUUACACCACGUCUUACAAAGAACAUUCUGUCAGCAAAACCUAUGGUUCCUACGGAGAGGAAAGCACCAGCGGUAGAUCUUCAGCCCGUCGAUCUGUUGUCCAAACCAGGCUCCUCCGGUAAAGCGUCUAAAGCGGAUGUUGGCAGUGGGUCGUGUUGGACUGCUAAUUGGCGCAAGCCUCAGGCCAAAAAGCACAAGACCUGGGAUGGUGAUGCAUUCGUUAAACAUACAGGCGAUACCCUUAUGGUGAUAUCUGAAAAGGGCAAAGUACUAGGGCGAAAGGAAUGGAAUGGAGUCCCCCUGUACUCAGGAUUCAUGUUUCGAGCAUCUGGCAAAGAGGUUGAGCUCGAUGCUCAGGUAUCAUCAUCGCAACUGCCCAAUAUCAGUGGUGUGAAUGAGGAAGCCGAAGAAGAUGACGUUUCAGCUCCCGCUUGUCCACCCUACCUGCUACAAGUUAAACAGUCUCUGAGGGAGGUUUCUUCAAGCCCACCUUCUGCGGGCGCGUCCAAGCCGUUUGUUACCCCUACGCAUGAUCCCAAGGCCGAAGGUGCUAUUGUCAUGAGAGUCCCUUCGGAACAACAAUCACAGAAGUACAAUAAGAAGAGCGCUACCGUAAUACCUGUGGUAUUGGAUCCCAUCAUCGCAAGACAUCUACGUGAACAUCAAAUUGAAGGCGUAAGAUUUCUUUACGAAUGUGUAAUGGGCCUCAGGAGGCAUGAAGGCCAAGGCUGCAUACUCGCAGAUGAAAUGCAAGUAUUUGGCUUGGGUCUUGGAAAGACGCUACAGACGAUAGCACUUGUUUGGACAUUACUGAAGCAGAAUCCGUAUGGAGGUGGUCCGACUCUUAGCAAAGUUCUCAUCGUCUGUCCUGUGUCCCUCGUCAAUAAUUGGCGUGCUGAGUUCCACAAAUGGCUAGGUAGAGAUCGCGUGGGUAUAUUCACAGGAGACAAGGAUAAAGCAAAGAUUAAGCACUUCGUUAACUCGAAGAUACAUCAUGUUCUUAUAAUUGGGUACGAGAAACUGAGGACAGUAAUUGAUGAUUUGGCGUACUGCAGUCCGCCCAUAGGCUUGAUUGUUUGCGACGAAGGCCACAGACUCAAAUCUUCCAGUAAUAAGACAUCAACGAUGUUUAAAUCUUUACGUACUCCUCGUCGCAUAAUCCUUUCGGGGACGCCCAUUCAGAACGACCUGAGCGAAUUCCAUGCCAUGGCCGACUUCUGCAAUCCUGGACUGUUAGACGAUUACCCAACGUUUCGUCGCAUAUACGAAACACCUAUAUUGAAGAGUAGAGCGCCUGAUGCAACGGUGAAAGAGACACAGAUAGGCAACGCACGCUCUACUCAGCUAGCGGACGUCGCCAAAAGCUUUGUCUUGAGAAGAGAGGCAACUCUACUCAAGAAGUUCCUGCCGCCAAAACGUGAGUUUCCACAUUCCUUUCCAUGUUUGUAUCUCAUUAAGCUCGAGAAUACAGACGAAUACGUUGUUUUCAUCACGCCGACAAAGUUGCAGCUCUCUAUUUUUGCUGCUAUAUUAAACCCCCGUAACCUCGACGAUCUGAUGCAGAGUUCUACUGCUGAAUCCUUGGCGCUCAUCAAUAUGCUCACGAAGAUUAGCAACAGCCCGAUCUUGUUGAAAGCUCAGGCCGACAAGGCGAAGGCAUCAAAUGCCGCCGUCAUUCACCGUAGAGGGAUGGAGGAAGCGCUCGCUCUUUUACCAGACCGUGCAGAAAUUGAGGACUUUUCCUUAAGUGGUAAACUUACUGCGCUGGCAAAACUACUCAAGAUUAUCCGCAAGGAAACUGAGGAGAAGUGUAUUAUCGUUUCUCAUUACACUUCGACCCUCAAUAUUAUUGAGGCUUACUGUAAAGCAAAGUCAUACACAUACUUUCGUCUGGAUGGGCAGACGCCCGCACAGAAGCGCCAAGAAUACGUGAAUAUAUUCAAUAAGUCGUCACAACAGAGUCAUUUCCUCUUCCUGCUGAGUUCAAAGGCGGGUGGUGUUGGCCUGAACUUGAUCGGCGCUUCGCGCCUAUGCCUCAUCGACUCGGACUGGAAUCCAAGUCACGAUUUGCAAUCGAUGGCUCGAAUUCACCGAGAUGGGCAAAAGCGACCAGUAUUCAUUUAUCGCUUUUUAACUGCUGGAGCUAUCGAUGAGAAAAUAUAUCAGCGUCAAGUUACAAAGAUCGGAUUGAGCAACUCCCUCAUGGGUUCUGGUACUGGCACCAGCAAGUCCGACUCGUUCACAAAGAAAGACCUCCGAGACAUUUUUCGGGUCCAUCCAGAUACUGGAUGUAACACGCACGAUCUACUCGGCUGCCCCUGUGAAGAAUCUGAGCCAAGCAUCCUUGGUGACAUUCAAAGCACUAUCAACACGUCAUUGAAGGAAGACCUUGAUUCCAGCAGUGAUAGCGACGAAUCAUUGACUGGGUUCAUCUCUGCGUCUCAAGUCAAACCGCAUCAGGCAGAUAAACUCGAUCAGGCUUAUCUAAACAAGAAGAAAGCCGAGCUCGCCGCCCUGGGCGAGUGGACACAUAUCAACUGUCUACGUCCCCGUAUGAAAGAAGACAUCCUAGAUGAUGUCCUUCAUGGCUUGUUGUAUCAAGUGAAGGAGAGCAAUGACCAGUCUGUUCCUGCUGCGCAGCCCAACUCGAGACUGGACUCUCUUCUAUCAGCGGUGCAACUUGACAAUUUAGGGGCAAUGGACAAUCUACAGAUCCCAGUUCGAGAUGUUCCCGGAGGAACCAUAUCUUUCUUGUUCGAGAAGACAACGAAGUCACAGAUGGAAGAUGUAGAACCUAAGCAAGAAUGAGGACGCUCACAGACCCAUCCAUCAUUGAAGAUUAUGUUACCCUAGACGCCUGCCCCUACCAUUAUUCCACAAGCAUGUUACAGCAGUAUCCGAUUACAUAUUUGCAUUGGCCUUUAUUCGCUUUACAAGAUGAAAACAUUUCCAGUUCUACUUUUAUCACCCUCCCAAUGCACACAUACUUCCAAGACGUUAUAUUCCACAUAAGAUCAAGAUGCUCCCACUCCGAUUAGAUGCGUAUAUUAAAGAUUGUGGGAACAGGACUUAUUGACGAGAUUGACGUAUGUAACGGUGUCGGAGGGCUAGGAUUUCCUCCUAUGCCAGGAAGAUCAGGUAUUGCACCUUGAGUAGGCAACAAUGUCCAGAGUCUCAAACCCAAAAGUGAUCCAACUGACGGGAGCACUGUUAGCAUCAGGUCGUAUUGAGCGACACCUAAGCAUCAGUGGUAUAUCUUCAUUCGCGUCGCACUUGGCAAUGAAAGUCCUACGGGCCUCGCUAGAUGCCGUUGAUGUUUCCAAAACUCCGGAAAUUCUGGCAAUAAGUUCGGUCUCCACUGGAAGCAAAAG